GGUGCCGGGCGGAGCUGUCCGUCGCUGGCGGUGCUGAGCGAGUGGCGGAGCCGCCGCCGCCCCGCGGAGCCACGAUGGAAAAUGCAUCCAACACCUCAGUGUUCGCCUCCACCUUAUCGGAGAGAGAAGACCUGAUUUUUGGCACUCUCUAUUUAGUCUUUGGCAUCAUGUCCCUGUCUGGGAACUCCCUGCUGCUGCUGGUGGCCCAUCAGAAGAGGUCCCUGCUGAAACCUGCCGAGCUCUUCAUCGUCAACCUGGCCAUCAGUGACCUGAGCAUGACGGUGACGCUCUUCCCCUUGGCCACCUCCUCCUUGUUUGCACACAGGUGGCUCUUUGACCAGGCUGUGUGCACGCUCUACGCCUUCUGCGGGGUCCUGUUCGGGCUGAGCAGCCUGGCCAGCCUGACGGUGCUCAGCACGGUCUGCUGCCUCAAGGUCUGCUACCCGGCAUAUGGGAGCAGGUUCUCACACGGCCAUGCCAUGGGGCUGCUGCUGGCUGUGUGGGCCUACGCCCUGGCCUUCGCUGCCGCGCCCCUGGCCCGCUGGGGCAGCUACGGCCCCGAGCCCUACGGGACGGCCUGCUGCAUCACCUGGGAGCCCUCCAGCAAGGAGGCCAUGCUCUACAUCCUCGCCCUCCUCAUCUGCUGCUACCUGCUGCCCUGCCUGCUCAUCCUGGCGUCCUACGCGCUGAUCCUGUGGACGGUGUGGGCGUCACGGAGAGCCCUGAGGAGGCACAGGCACAUGUCCCCCCAGCGCGGGAACCGCGGCCUGCGCGGCCUGCACGGGCUGCUCCUCAGGCUGAGCAUCACCGUGUGCCUGGGGUUCCUGGCUGCCUGGACUCCCUACGCUGUGCUGGCGCUCUGGGCCCUGCUCGGGGAUGCCAGCCAGGUGCCAGCGCUGGCCUUCGUGCUCUCGGCCGUCUUUGCCAAGUCCUCGACGCUCUACAACCCGCUGGUGUGCCUGCUGCUCAAGCCCACCUUCCACAGGUUCCUCUCCAGGGACAGGGCUCCUCUCCUGCAGGCCCUGUGCACGCUCCUGUGCUGCACCUGCCGGGGCACUGUGCUCCAGCCCGGCCCGGCCCGGGGCUGCAGGAGCUGCAGCGAUGUUCCUGAGCGUCUCAGUGCCUGCCCCCGGUGCUGCACUGCCCCCCGGCUGCCCGGCAGCCCUGCCCAGCGUGGGGCCCUGGCCGUGCUGGCCGGCGGAGCCACGGGGCAGCCGGGGCUCAGGAGCGCGGUGCAGGUGAUGGUGCUGCUCACACGGAGAUGGUCAGGCCCGGGCACUGCCAGCGUGGCAGGGGAGGCCCUGCCCUCUGCCAUGGCCAAGGGCCUGCUCUGAGCCCAGCCCUGCAGGAGAGCCCAGGGUAAUCUACCUCCAGUGCCAGCUCCUACAGCCCCCACAGCCACCUCCUGUCCUGCUGGGCAGUGAGAUUGUCCACACAGCUACCUCAGCUGGGGUAAGGAAGCAGCUCCCUACAGGUCCCUGGGACUGCUCUCUGUGCCAGCUGUGCUACCCUGCUCCCUCCACUGGAGUGGAAGCCAGCACUGUCCCACAGGCAGAAAUGGGAGUUUGCCUAUAGAGCAAGGAUUUGGGGUUACUGUAAUCCUGGAGUGAGUAGUGGCAGUCCCAGGGAAUGAUCAGCAGGCUGGGAACAGCAAAUCUGUGGGUGAGCACCUCCCUGGAGAAGGGACAGUGGCUGCAGAGUGUCCCUGGUGCUGGGACAAUGGGGCAGCUCGUGCCAUCUGCGCAGGGCAGCAGCUGCCUGGGCUGCAGCACCCCGAAGGAUUGGAGCUGGCCUUUGGAGAUCAGUGAGGGCAGCACACCAUGGGUAGAGCCUGGGACAAAAAGGAACAAGAAGCUGUGCCAGAGGCUGGUGCAAUGCCAUGCACAGGAUAACCCCGGCUGGAAAGCUCCCUGUGCCCCGUCCCCAGCCCUCUGGAAUACGAGGGGAUCACGCAGUGUCUCCACUAACCAUUCACCAUGUUCCACCUGUCAUUUCUAAAGUAA